CUGGCCCUGUAGGUGAGGGUCAUGGGGCAGUUGCCCCUCAGGCUGCUGCUUUAUGGGGCCCUGGCCCUGACAGAGACCUGGGCAGGCUCCCAUUCCCUGAGGUAUUUCUCCACUGGCAUGUCCCGGCCCGGCCGCGGGGAGCCCCGGUACGUUGAAGUCGCCUACGUGGACGACACGCAGUUCGGGCGGUUCGACAGCGACUCUCCGGGUCCGAGGAUGGAGCCGCGGGUGCCCUGGGCAGAGCAGGAGGGGCCCGAGUACUGGAAAAAGGAGACUCAGAAGGUGCUGGAAUCUGCACAGGCUUUAAGAGCGAACCUGGCCAACUUGCGCCACUACCACAACCAGAGCGAGGAGGGGUCUCACACCCUCCAGCAGAUGUCUGGCUGCGACGUGGGGCCCGACGGGCGCCUCCUCCGCGGGUACUGGCAGUUCGCUUAUGACGGGGCGGACUAUAUCGCCCUGAAUGAGGACCUGCGCUCCUAGACCGCGGCGGACACUGCGGCUCAGAUCACCCGGCACAAGUUGGAGGCUGAUGCAGGGCAGUGCAGGGACUACCUGCAAGUCACUUGCGUGGACUGGCUGCGCAGAUACCUGGAGCACGGGAGGGAGACGCUGCAGCGUCCAGGCCCUCCAAACACACCACCAUGUGAUGUGUGUGUGACCCACCACCCCAUCUCUGACCAUGAGGUCACUCUGAAGUGCUGGGCCCUGGGCUUCUACCCUGCGGAGAUCACCCUGACCUGGCAGCGAGAUGGGGAGAACCUGACCCGGGACACGGAGCUGGUGGACACCAGGCCUGGGGGGGAUGGAACCUUCCAGAAGUGGGCGGCUGUGUUGGUGACUUCUGGAGAGGAGCAGAGAUACACGUGCCAUGUGCAGCAUGAGGGGCUGCCGGAGCCCCAAGUCGUGAGAUGGGAGCUCCCUCCUCAGUCCUCCAUCCCCACCGUGGGUCUCAUUGCUGGCCUGGUUCUCCUUGGAGCUGUGAUCACUGGGGCUGCAGUGGCUGCAGCUGUGAUGUGGAGGAGGAAGCGCUCAGAGGGACAAGGAGGAAGCUACACUCAGGCUUCAGGCAGCGACGCUGCCCAGGGCCCUGAUGUGUCUCUCAGCCCCUAAAGUGUGAGACAGCUGCCUUUGGGGGCUGAAGAGAUGCAGGAUUUCUCAUCUUCACUUUGUGACAUCGGGAACCUCUGGUUUCUCUUGCUACAAAGGCGUCUGAAUGUGUCUAUAUUCCUAUUUGCCUAAUGUGAAGAGGUGGGAGACUGGCCCAGCCCUGCCCACCAGGAGUCCUCCACCCCUAACCUGUGCUCUCUCCUGAUGACCAUCCUGCUCUAGCAAUGGCAUGGCAGGGCUGAUGCCGUCCCUGCCUGUACUUUGUGUUUUCCUGAAGAAUAUGUCUAUUUUUGUAUUGAAGUACUAAUACAAAAGACACUUCUCCAAAGAGGAAAUGCAGAUGGCCAA